GAUUCCGUGCGAAAGAUGUACAAUGGCCAUGUACUGUUCGGAGGAAUGUCUGAGUAAAGCGUACAACAAGUAUCAUCGAUAUGAGUGCGGGCUUUUACGAGACAUGCGGGAAGUUUUCGAAGAAGUUCCCUUGAUUGCUAUUCGCAUGAUUGCCAUUGCGAUCGCCACCUUCGAUAAUAAUCCAGAGACACUGAAGGAUCAUCUCGAUGCACUGGAUGAAUCCAAUGUUAACGGGUUUACGAUGGAUUGGAAUAAAGCAACACAACAGGACAUUUUCAACACGGUGCACGUGUUAACCACUAACCAAGAACGGCGAGACAGCAUGUUUGUUGCUUUCCACAUCUUCAAUGCUACCAUCCUACAUACCCUUAUUCUGGAAAGAACAGAGCUAGGACCGGUGUGUGGAGCAAACCCAACGACAAACAAGCUUUUACUAGAUUUGAUCCUGCGAUAUAUGCACAUCGUGGAAUGUAACAGCAAAUUGUUGUCCUUUAAUGCGUACAAGGUGAAGGAAUACGUGGCUGAAUCAUUUGCAGUGGGUUGUUAUCCAUUGAUCUGCAUGCUGAAUCAUUCCUGUGCUCCCAACGUGCAACGCAUUACUUUGCGCGAUGGGCGGUGUGCCGUUUUUGUCAUCCGUCCAGUUCUCGAAGGAAGUCAACUGUUCGAUAGUUAUGAAGCGGAUCACAAAUCGCAUGAACGAGCAAUGAGGCAAUUAAUGUUGUCAUUAGCGUACAGCUUCCGAUGCACGUGUGAAGCAUGUACGUUCAAUUAUCAUUCAAUUAAUUGUAAUAUAUCAAAAAACAGAAAAAAACUGUUCUAUUAUUAUUCGAUACUGAAAACACAUGAUUCUAAGAAUGUGCGCAAACUCAUGUCGCAGCUACGGCAUUUUCUUAAUGAAACACCAAAAUUGUAUCCUGCAGAUGAAGUUUGCAUUAGUCAGAUAACGUUUGUACGAUCUCUUCAAAUAUUGUACAACCAAACAUCUGAAAAUGCAGAGUAUUGGAAACACUGAGUAUAAAUGAAUUAAUCUCCUUAAGUAUAUGGUAAGCGCGAAUUUUGACACAUUUCAUGUUCGUUCAAU